CUUACAGCAUUUUCCCACAACUGCCUAAAACAUUGCAUCCUUGCCCCCCUCCCCUAAAAUCUAUGUCUAUGUUACCUAUCAAUGUGCAUGUCAUUUUUCUCCCUGGAUCCUAGUCCUCAUGAGCUGAAUAGCCUAGAGUACAGAAGGGUGAGAGUGCGUGGACAGUACGACCACUCACAGGAGCUGUAUAUUCUGCCCCGCUCCCCAGUCGACCCAGAGAAAGAGGCCAGAGAGGCAGGCAGGCUGGCUUCAAGCGGAGAGACCGGUGCAAAUGUCAUCACUCCAUUUCACUGCACUGACCUGGGUGAGACAACAGAUACAAUGCUCAUCACAAUCCUGGUGAACAGAGGAUAUGUUCCAAGGCAGAAGAUACGACCAGAGACCAGGACGAAGGGACAGGUGGAAGGUGAGGUGGAGGUGGUUGGGGUCGUUAGGCUGACAGAGACUCGCAAACCCUUUGUACCAAACAAUGAUGUGGAGAGAAACCGCUGGCAUUACAGAGACCUGGAGGCCAUGUCCAGUGUCACUGGAGCUGAGCCCAUCUUCAUUGAUGCCGACUUUGGCAGCACCAUUCCUGGUGGACCAAUAGGUGGACAGACUAGAGUCACGUUGAGGAAUGAACACAUGCAGUACAUAGUGACAUGGUAUGGUUUGUGUGCAGCUACCUCCUACAUGUGGUUUGCCAAGUUUGUCAAGAAGAUUUAAGUGUGAUCUGGUUACAUGCAAUGAAAUAAUUAUACAAAUGAACUGAAAUGUCGCAAACUUCUCAUUUACUGGAUGUACUUUAUUAGCUCCAGCCUAUAUGUAAAUAGCUGUGGAUUAUUCUCCUGAAAUGUAAUUAAUAAAAAAUAGAAUUUG